AUGGGGAACAAGCAGACCAUUUUCACUCCUCAGCAACUGGAUGCAUAUCAGGACUGUACAUACUUCACCAGAAAAGAAAUAUUAAGACUCUUUCAUAGGUAUCGCGAUUUGGCCCCACAGCUUGUCCCGCUCGACUAUACUACCCAGCCAGAUGUGCGUCUGCCCUAUGAGCUGAUUGGCAGCAUGCCGGAGCUGAAGGAUAACCCUUUCAGACAGAGGAUUGCAGAGGUCUUUUCAGAAGACGGAGAAGGCAACAUGACCUUAGAUGACUUUUUGGAUAUGUUCUCAGUACUGAGCGAAAUGGCACCACGGGAUCUAAAAGCUUACUACGCUUUUAAAAUCUACGACUUUAACAACGAUGACUUCAUUUGCAAAUCGGACCUGGAGAAGACGCUGAACAAGCUGACGAGGAACGAGCUGACCGAGGACGAGGUGAGGAUGGUGUGCGAGAAGGUGCUUGACGAGGCCGACAUGGACAACGAUGGCCGUCUGUCACUGGAGGAUUUCCAGCACAUGAUAGUGCGAGCGCCCGACUUCCUCAGCACAUUUCACAUCAGGAUAUGAGUUCAUCAGCUUCUAGCGGUGAAAUGAAUGAUGAACACAACAUGAUGGACACAACAAGCUGAAGUAAAGGAAAUGCUUCACCUGUACGACAUCAAAGAGGAAAAAAGAAACGCUUACAUCCUC